AUGUUAGUGGCACUAGCACUGCAAGCAAUUGUAAUCUAUCGACAACGAAAUAAGCGCAUGCUGCUGGGAAUAUCGACACCACCUCGAGGGAUUAUAUUCCCGGAAGCGGACCCAAAACAUUGGGACGCCAGUUUGCUUGAUAUGAUCAAGUUCUUCUUCAAUUAUGGAUUCUACAAGUUCGGUUUAGAGUUGUCGAUGACGAUGAUGGUGGUGGUGGCAUGGGUGCGUAUGGAUCUGCUUGGUACACUUCUCCUCAUUUGGCUGCUGCUGUUUUCUCUCUCCUCACGUGUGGCGUGUCGACGACUUUGGCCUCUGUUCCUUUUGUAUCUUGCCGUUCUGUUCCCCCUGCAGUAUGCACUAUAUGUUGGUCUUCCGCCUUCUCUUUGCAUCGGUAUGCAUUUUCAUUAA